UAUAAAAAAAGUAAGUAGCAGCACCAGCAGCGGGGAGAACGUAGUGGUGGUCCAAGAAAAGCGAAUAAAAACAAAAUAGAAAAAAAGACAAGAACAAAAAACACAAUCGGCCAGAAUUUCACUGAAUGUAUAAAACGUAGUGCCAACAAAGCCAUGUUGACAAUCAUUCAGUCAACGUGCUAUCCAAUAGAAUAGACCCAGUGGUGGUUGAGAGCCGUCGCCAACGGAAAUUCAAAUUUCAAAACAGUUGAACUCUGUUAUCAUCUUUAAGUGAAAUUCAAAGGAUAAUUAGUUUUUAUAACAUCACCAGAAAAAAGAAAGAAAAAUCCUUAUACUAAAAGAAGCUCUUCAAAAUCAAGGGAGAUAAUAAAAAAGAAAACAUAGCAAAGAGAAAAGAAAUUUUCCCCAAUAAAACAACAGUAAACGAUCAAUCUGUGAACAGCGACCACAGUGCGAACAAAAAAGACAAACGAUUAGACGUAGAUACCAUCGCUUUUCGUUCGUUCGUUCGUUUUUUUUAAUUUGCGAGAGAGAGUGCCAUUUCCAAUUUUCUUAUAAAAAAUCAAAAAGAAAUAAAAAAAAAAUCGGAAAAACAAGUAAACAGAAAAACGCAAUCAAUCUCUCCCGGUUGAACGAUAAUAAACAAACAUAUGUUGGAAAAUUUGCACAAUUAAUCGUUUUGUCGAAUUGUCUAAACAAUUACCAUUCCACAAAGAAGAUAUAACCAAUCAAAGAAACGGAAACUUUUGUGGCAAUAAAAAAAAUUAAAUUUUUAUUGCUCUUAAAUCUGACGUUAUACGCUUGUGAUUGCUCCAGAAGCAGCUCUAGCUGAUCUUUUUCAUCAAUCACAUCGACUCUUCCUUCCGCCAGCUAGCCAAAACAAUUGGCGUCAAUAAACAUCAUUAUGGAAAUUGAAAACAUUUCACAAAUGUUGCAAAACAGUCGCACAUUUGCCAAAAAUGACGCGAUUAUUAUGGAACCGAGAUAUACGCUUUCGGAUUUAUAUCCAAUUGCGAGACUCUCACAGAAAAUGGACAGUGUUUUGAAUGUUAACCCCACACCGGUCUCCACACAGCAAGCCACAACAGAUGAUGUACCGUAUACGGUGGAAUUAGUAACUCAUGCUGAUGCAGAAGCAGUCUUGGAGAUGCUCAAGACAUUCUUCUUCAAGGACGAACCGCUUAACACCUAUCUGGAACUGGGAGAAUGCAAAGAUCUGGAAGAGUACUCGGUGAAAUGCAUCAAAGAUGGUUGCUCCUUUAAGGCGGUAACAAAAACUGGUGAAAUUAUUGGUGUGUUUCUCAACGCCCUUAUGCAAAGGCCCGCAGCCGAUGCUGUAUUUGAGCCCUCAGCUGAUUCCUGUGAUCAUCCCAAAUUCAGAAAAAUUCUGCAAUUAAUGGACUAUAUUGAGGCAGAUUUUAAUGUUUUCGACUUGUAUCCAGGCGUCAAUACCAUUUUGGAUGGUAAAAUUGUUUCUGUGAAUACUAAUUAUCGAGGAUUGGGUAUAGCGGGACGUCUGACCGAAAGAACUUUGGAUUAUAUGCGUGAAAACAACAUUCCUGUUAUGCAUGUUAUGUGUUCCAGCCAUUAUUCGGCCCGAGUGAUGGAGAAGCAGGGCUUCCAUGAAGUCUAUCGCCUGAACUAUGCUGACUAUAAAGUCAAUGGUGAGGUUGUCCUUAAGCCCGCUCCACCUCAUUUGGCAUGUCGCAUUCUUGUCAAAGAAAUGGAAGAGAUGCCCAAGACCAAGCUAUAAAUAAAUCCACCAAGGGGAAAGUACUCCUUAGUUAGAUAUGAUGCUAAGAGGUCUUUUUGGCAACAAAAAUAAAAUAAAUUCUUGAAAAUAACCCACCCGAUAUGUCAGUUGCAUGGUUGUAUACCUAGAUGUAUGUAGCAGUAGUAGUUCGUAAUCAUGUUUGUUGUUGUUUUAUGAUUUUUUGUUUAAUUUUUGUUAUUAUAAGAAAAUGUUCGGAAAAAAACAAAAAACAGAAUAUUGUGAUUUUAGUAUGAUUUAAGUUAUUCUUAUAUAUAAAAAUGGUGUUGGCUUAAAACUAUUUAAGAACUAUUACUAAGUUUCUAUCAGCCUUGAUUCCCUUCUUCGAAUUGGGAAACAUUUAAGGCUAAAUUGUUUAACAAAAAUUAUUGCCAGUCAUUUUGGAUCAUUAGUCAUUUUCUUUCCCCCUCAAGCGAGUCUUAUAGACUCCAUAAUGAUUUGAUUGAUAUUUUCUAAGAACGCGUUGUUAUAAACCAUUUUUCAAAUUACAAAACAGAAAUGUAAAACUCAAAACGAUUCUAUUUCUACUUAAAUUAUGAUUAAUUUAAGAUUAUGACUUUGAUUUUACCGGAAAAAACGAUUUUAAACUACAAUAUAUUGUAAAAUUAGUUUUUAAUUGAAUUGACUUGAUUA